CCCUGUCUCCUUCCCACUGCCAUGUGUUUGCCCAGCAAAGGCGAGACAAGUGAAGGACGCAUCUGGCCGACGCGCAGUGGGCACUCCGGCACUGGCUCCUUCUUCCCUGAUCCCCUCCUCUGCCUGCCUGCCCCGCCUGCUGCAGCUGCAAAGCCCCCGGCUCCGCUCUGCUCGCCAGCAGCACCAACUUCCACUUCCGCUCCACCAGCAAAGCGAGCUCCCUCCUUUUUACUCCCCAAAAUCUCUGAAUAAAAAAUCGCGCAAGCAACCUCGCUCCGCCGGCCUCCCGCAGUUAGGUCAGGUCCCAGCCCACGCAGCAUUUGACAGCGCGAGGCGAUUGCCCAGUCAGGCCCCGGUUCUUGCAAGCUCCUGAGUUGCUUCUGGGAGCCAGUUUCAGUUACCCUAUCUCCGGUGUGGGUUUGAUGAGGGGCAUUCGCAUUUUUUAUCUUCCCGUUUUGCACAGUCUGGGGGUGGACGGCUUUGAUUGGCUUCGAAGGAAGGGAGUGAGAUUGUGAGAAGCCUUCGGCCAAGGUUGUCAAUGGAGUCUGGGAUUUGGGCAUCUGUUUGGAGCUUCAUCAAGUUCCUGCCUUUUUUCUUUGCGCUUCUCCUCCUGGGCAUCAUCAAAGGUGGACAGAACGCUUGCUCUGUGCUUUGUUUGGCCCAUGGGCAUGGCUCAUCAUGACAAUUGGAAUUUCUGCACUUAUUCUAGGCUUGUGGCCUAUGCAUGUGAUUUGGACACAUUACUGCAUCAUCAGAACCAAGAUGGUAGGACCGGUCGUAAAGUUGCUGCUUCUUAUUGCUGCAACUGCGGUUUUGGUUCUAUGGCUAAUAAUUGGCGUCGUGGGAAGCAUCCUUGCUGGUUUGACUUAUGGCUUCCUAGCACCAGCAAUGGCUACAUUUGAUGCAGUUGGGGAAGGAAAAGAAAAGCCACUUGUUCACUGUUUUUUGGAUGGAACAUGGAGCACUAUCACAGGAAGCUGUACAGUAGUCAGGGACGUGAAAGACAUGUUGGUGCACUCAUAUUUUUCAAUCAUGGAUGAAGUUCGUCUUCAUGCACCUCCCGAUGGCAAGCCAUAUGAGAUAAGAUUGCUACAAAUUCCUGGUGCAAUAUUUGCUGCUGCUUGUGGGCUUGUAGUGGAUGCAAUAAUGUUCACACUAAUUGCCUUGUACAAGUUCCCUGUUAUGCUAUUCAAAGGAUGGAAGCGGUUGAUUGAAGAUCUUGUUGGCAGAGAAGGACCUUUUCUUGAGACAGCUUGUGUGCCUUUUGCUGGUCUUGCAAUUCUUCUCUGGCCAUUUGCAGUUAUAGGAGCCUUUCUAGCCUCUGUUAUCUGCAGUGUUCCUUUUGGUGCAUAUGCUGCUGUGGUGGUUUAUCAGGAAUCCUCACUUUUCUUGGGACUGUCUUAUGUAAUAUCAUCAGUAUCCAUCUUUGAUGAAUAUACAAAUGACGUACUUGACAUGGCACCAGGAUCUUGCUUUCCUAGGUUUAAAUAUAGGAAAGAUGAAGCUUCCUCACAUGGUGGUUCUCUCUCGAGGCCUGCUUCAUCCAGCCUCAAGCAUGAUGGAAAGAAAGCUCCUCAGCGUGUAACAUCAUUUAAAAGUAGCUUUGAUGAGUUCAAUCCAUUCAAGUUGCUAGAUCACCUUUUCAUGGAGUGUAAGCACCGUGGCAAGGAUAUGGUCGCUGAAGGAGUGAUAACCCCAAAAGAUAUAGAAGGAACAAAGGCAGGCAAAGCCAGCACUGGAGUACUUAAUGUGGGGUUACCAGCAUAUGUUAUCCUUAAGGCACUCCUCCGAUCUGCUAAAGCCAAUUCUGAUGGUCUGAUUCUAAGUGAUGGAUCUGAGAUAACAUCUGACAAUAGGCCUAAGAGUAAAAUCUUUGAGUGGUUUUUUGACCCUCUGAUAGUCAUCAAAGAUCAAAUCAAAGCUGAAAACUUCACAGAAGAAGAGGAAGCAUACCUUGAGAAGCAAGUUCUCUUGAUAAGUGAUCAAAAGCGCAUCAAGGAGAACCUCAUUCGGCUUCCACCAUUGAGUGAGCGAAAGCAAGCAGAAAUAGAAGCAUUUGCUCGGAGGUUGCAAGGGAUCACAAAGUCGAUAUCAAGGUACCCCACAGCCAAGCGCCGCUUCGAUGCCCUUGUUAAGGUUCUUUCAGAAGAGCUUGCGAGGACAAUGGGUGGUAAUCAAUCUGCCAAUGGGUCUCAAGUCCGGAAGAUGAAAAGUGGCAUCGUCCGAAUGCUUAGCCAGAGAUCACUAGGGAAAACAACAGGCAUCCGUGAAGAUGAUCAUGAGGCCCAGCUGACAAGUGAUGGUUUCACUUCAUGAUGUUUUGGAGGUGUUCAACUGUAACCUUAGUUUUGAUGUGUUUGGAGAUGUUCAACUGUAACCUUAGUUUGAAAAGGAUGUGAUACCCUUUCUGUGUUAUUUUUGCUAACUGGAUACAAAGAACUGACACUUCUGUAUGAAGAGUUUAGCCUCAACCAUUCUCGAGGAUGAGUUGUUUGUUUUGAGAACUGUAUCUGGACAACACUGUAGUAAUACUUUGUAAUAGAAAGAAAAAGAUUUGAUUCGCACUA